CGAAGCUCUGCCGAACUAGAUUGAAAGAGGAUCGGGCAUCGAGCACUAAAAAUCAUCAGAAAAACAACCCUCAACCUUAAAUUAAUUAGACAAUUGGAGUAAUUCUUUCUCUUACGAAAGACCGCCUCCGUGAUGUCGGCAGGCUGUUCAAUUUCUGCCAACCUCCCCUAACGAGAUUAUGCGCAGCCAUCCAGUCUCGAGCCUGCCGCACAGCGCAUAAACACAGGCAAUUUUUAUUGUUUGAUGGCUACACUGGUGCGUUUUAGCUAAAGCGCAGACCGUAAACUUCACAAUGAAGGUGACCAAGGAGUCUCUGGAGGCAAGCCAGAAGGCCAUGCGCCGUCACAGCAACGUUGGGCUGCACAGCGGCUGUGAGGAGGACAUCAGUGACGUCCUGGUGUCGCAGGCCGACACGCACUCGGUCACCUCUAUGCUUUUUUCAGAUGGAAUUCUGCGUCAGGCCCUAUUGUCGCAAGACUUGGUGAACUUUUCGACACCUGACGAUGAGAAGCCGAAGGGCCCAGACACUGGCCUUGUGAUGGUCAAGUCUUCAGGACCUUCCUUGCCGCCUAUGUCUGAACUGUCUCGUCCAGUGGCCAACCUUAACCAUCUGGAGCCACCGACAGGGCCCAUCGACCCAGAGGUGUUGUUGGACGAGCUUCAUGACGAGUUCAGCGAUGGAUACAAACUGGCUUCCCCUGUGUUGCUUAAUGGAACUAUGAGCUCUUUGCCACCCAUCGACGAUGUCCACAAGGCAUCUGGUGGCUUAUUGACUGAUAGAGAUCAAUUGAUUGGCGCAUCUACAAGGGAUAAGAACAUCUUCCAGCCUCCCUCAUCACCUUUGCAGGCAGAGAACGACGUUGCUGGAUCCCUGCUGUUGUCCAGCUCCCGAGGACCACUUCCAACCAUGUCCAGCAGCCAAGUUUCAUCUCUUUUGUCAGCACUCAAUUCAGACCUGUCUAACCCAGAGCUAGAACUUUCACCACCCAGAAAACUCAACGAAUCUUUGGAGAAGGUAAGGCUGGUUGAUCUACUAAUAACUCCAGAGAGAGUCUCCACCUUGACCCAGACGGACAGUUUAGAUGGAAUAGAUGGUCUUAUUCCUCUGUCGACUCCCGAUGAUAAAUCGCCAAUGAUGAACAUUAUGUUUGCACGCUUUAAGGAACCAGAUCCCCAAGAGCAACCACAACAAACUGCUCCCCCAAAUCUGACACCCCCACCGCCUCCAGCUGCGCCCCCUGUUAAGCAAGAGAAGCCAAAAAAGAAAGCUAAACCCAGGACUAAAAAAGUCGUCCAGCCACCACCGGCUCCUCAAGAAAGUACGACAGCCGAGAGAGUAUUUUGUUUCAAGUGCUCUUCAUGUCCUUUUCUAAGCAUGGACAGAGAGGGUGUGGACAAGCACAUUAAAGCAGAGCACUCGUCUAACAAAAGCAGUCAGCAACAGCAGCAACAACAACAAUAUAUGUCUGAACCAAUCAACCAAGAACUGAGGUGUCCAGGCUGUCCAAAUAUUUUCUUUAGUCCAGAUUCACUUAAGGUUCAUUUAAUUCAUGACCAUCGAGUAGAUGAGAAAGACACCCCAAAAAUAAUCAACUGUCUUCGAAUUGUGACAAGCAUACCGAUGCAGCAACGAUCUGUAGAAGUGCGCACUGUUGAGCGACAGCCAGAACCAGCACCCCUGAUUCUCAAAGAAUCAUAUAGUCCUAAACCUGAUCUUGAAGAACCCAAAAGACAGCCGUCAAAAUCAGUACGAAAAAAGGACGUGUCUAAUGUUGAGGUUUACACAGACGACGCUGGAAAAAUCAAAGUCAGGCCCAUUGGCAGCACUCCCACUCCAGUCGCAAUUGAUCCAGCUGCUCCAGAGACGUCCAGUGGCUCAGGAGGAGAUGCUUGCGAGAGUUCAGACUUAGAGACUGUAGAAGACGAGGAUGAAAAGGAGUGUGCUAAGAAGAAGGGCAGACCCAAGGGCUCAAAAAGCAUUGGCAUCACAGCUUUCAAGAGACAAAAUCCAUCUCUUCGUCUAGGAGAAAAAGAGCUUGGAUAUCGCUGCUCAGUAUCUGGUUGUGCCACUAGAAUGAGGUCUCACGACAAAAUCGAGUAUCACAGAAAGUGUCACGAAGCCCCAGGCAAUGAAGAGGGCGAGUUUGUCUGUCCCGAGUGCCAAUCUCACUACAACCAGUGGCGAGUUCUCUCCAUGCACUUGUGGAGAUCACACAGCAUAGACAUGGAACUCUACAACUGUGACAAAUGUGAAUUCAAGACUAAUAGUCAUAGCAUGCUGGUCAAUAUUCACAAAAGAAUUCAUGGCGAGGAGAAACCUUUUCUUUGCGACGUCUGUGGGAAAGGAUUCAAGACUAACAAACAGCUCCGGAAUCACAGGGUCAUUCAUACAAAUGGCACUCGACCACGUCCAGUCCAUGGUGGUGUGUGCGACAUCUGCGGUCGAAAGUACACUGACAAACGAAUGCUGCGCAUGCACAAGGACACUGUGCAUGCCAAGCUGCGUCCUUACCUGUGCAACUACUGUGGAUACUCAGCUUCAUCGCGCUCUACCUUGAAGAUGCACAUGCGGCAGCACACGGGAGAAAAGCCAUUCGCCUGCACUUACUGCGACUACCGAACGUCUGACCAUAAUUCUCUGCGCCGUCAUCUGAUGCGCCACUCUGGUCAGACCAAGUAUCAAUGCCCGCACUGCAACUACGCUUGCAUUCAGUCCAGCACCUACAAAGUCCACUUGAAAACAAAACAUCCUGGCUUGGAUGAAGGACUGCUCUUUUCCUGCCCAUACUGUUCCUUCCGGACUAUUAAAAAAGAGAACUACGACACCCACGUUGUUGCUCACGAACAGUCUAAAGAUGGCACCAUACCUGAGGUGGAGAUGUUUGACAAAAAGAAGAAAACUCCACAGUCGCAAGCUGUUUGUAACUCGAAACUUCCUAGUUCGGCCGAAUUGGCAAAAGCUGUUCUCAACGAUUGCAAACUGAAAGCUACCAAAAAGACUGACGAGACCAAAAAUUCUCAAGCAAAAUCCGAGCCUAAGAAGAAAAGGAUGCCCCAGAAGAGACCCGCUGUGCCAAUUGAGUCUGCAACAACACCAGUGGUUGCGAAUUGCAAAGCAUUUAUUAUGAAUGGCAACGCAAAAGGGGCUGCAAAAACUGCGACGACUACACGGCCUGCAGUGAAACUGCCAAUGACUUGCCUACCGCAGACUCCUGCCCCGUCAUUGCCACAAGUGUGCUCCAAUAAUUUUCUUGCGUCGCUCGACAACUAUUCUUCUGUUAACAGCCAAAAUUGCUUUGGAGUCGAGGAUAGAAGAUAUCCUCUUUUGUCAUCCCAGCUGAGAUUAACAAAUGACUCGAUAAACACAUCAAGCCCACUCAUAACGCUCCUCGAUGGAAGGCAGUUCCUUCAGGUUGCAUCAGCUGGUGAAAUAAUGAUGCCUGUGAUUUUAGCCCCUCAAGGACUUCAGCUGACUUUAUGUGGAUCCGAACCAGAACAAAUUACUGGAGACCUAAUCGAAGGCACUGGCGUAGCUGGUGCCUCUGUUGUGAUGAGCAGCGAUGUCUCGGAGAUCAAGUGCAAAAUAGCCGAAGAUAUGUCGAAAGGCAGCUAAGUGAUCACCAUUCCAGAGUGUAGAAAAAACUGAACUCUUUCAUGUGAUAAAUUCAUAGUGACAUUCUAAUUGUGCCCUUGCAGGCACUUAAUAUUUAUUGCAACUUGGUAUAAAGAAAAAAUCGCUCAACUGCAAUCUAUUAUGAUUCAUUUUUAAAGUUGGCGCAAAAGGUAUUGUGGCACAAUAAACUGCCCAGAAUUAAUUAUGUCUUUGUCACCAUUAGUUGUGUAGCUGUGUUUACCUAUAAUUUGGAUAUUUAAAUAUUUUAGAGCCAGCUUGAAACUUGCAACUCCUCGAAUUUGAGUUAAUUAACAUUUAAAAGUGAAUGAUUCUCAAUGCAUUUAAAAAUGAUUUAAUUUAAAUGAAGAUAAUUGUACAGCUCGUAACUUGUUAAAGAGUAAUAGUUUAAGUACUUAAUUUUCUUUGUCAAUAGUGAUGUUUAAUGAAUAUAUUUAAAUAAUGUUGAAAUGUUGUGUGCAUUUUACAUAAAAGUGAUGCAUUAAAUAAUGAAGUCAUGCCUCUA